UGGCGCGUCUCGCCUAGUCUCGCACCCGCCAGACGUGUCUACGGAGCCGCGCGCGCGAGAGGGAAGCGAAAGCGGGACAGGGACAGCGCGCGGGACGACGUAGAGCUCACUGAGCUUGAAGAACAACUUUUUUUUUCGGCGCGCGCGGAACAGGGAUUCGCUCGCGGAGCACCAGGUUUCGCCGCAUGAGGUCGGUUGUUUUUCUUUUUUCCUUUUUCGCUUUUGCUUUCUUUUCGCUUUACCAUGCCGUGACGCGCGCGCGACGCCCGAGAAAGCAAGACAGAACGUAAACAAACGCGCGCUGAUCCCAGUGGCGCGCGCGCGCGCGGGCACGCACUCCGUCUUGGUUGUUUUCCCGCUUUCUUGACGACCAUGGCGGCCGGGCUGAACGCGACGUCGCUGCUGGCGAACAGCACGCGCGGCUGCUCGCUCACCAAGACGGGCUUCCAGUUUUACUACCUGCCCACGGUGUACAUUGUGGUCUUCGUGACCGGACUGCUGGGCAACGGUGUGGCCAUGUGGAUGUUCGCGCGCCACCUGCGCCCGUGGAGCAGCAUCUCGGUGUACAUGUUCAACCUGGCGCUCGCUGACCUGUGCUACGUGCUCUCGCUGCCCUUCCUCAUCUUCUACUACUUCAACAAGACGGACUGGGUGUUCGGGGACGCCACGUGCCGCCUGCAGCGCUUCGUCUUCCACCUCAACCUGUACGGCAGCAUCCUAUUCCUGGCGUGCAUCAGUGUGCACCGCUACACGGGCGUCGUGCACCCGCUGCGCUCGCUCGGGCGUCUGGAGAAGAGGCACGCGGUGCGCACCAGCGCUGUGGUGUGGCUGGUGGUGGCGGCGGGCGUCGCGCCCAUCCUGUACUACUCGCGGACGGGCCAGAAGCGCGGGGGUGGCACCACCUGCUACGACACCACCACGGAGGACGAGCUGGUCGGCUACUUCGUCUACAACAUGUGCAUGACCGUCUUCGGCUUCUGCGUGCCCUUCACCGUCAUCCUGGUCUGCUACGGCUUCAUCGUGCGCGCGCUGGUGUGCAAGGGCGUGGACGGCAUGGAAAUGAGCGUGCCCCUGCGCAAGAAGUCGGCGCGGCUGGUGGUCAUCGUGUUGGCCGUCUUCGCCGUCUCCUACCUGCCCUUCCACGUCAUGAAGAACCUCAACCUGCGGGCGCGCCUCUACUUCCAGAGCCCGGACAUGUGUGCCUUCAACGACCGCGUCUACGCCACCUACCAGGUGACCCGCGGCCUGGCCAGCCUCAACAGCUGCGUGGACCCCGUGCUCUACUUCUUGGCCGGCGACACCUUCCGCCGCAGGCUGUCGCGGGCCACCAAGAGGAGCGGCAGGAAGAACGAGGCCACCGUGCAGUCCAAGAGCGAGGAGACGGCGCUCAACAGCUUGCCGGAGUACGUGGAGAACGGGAGCCGGUCUGUCUAAGAGAGAGAGAGAGUGUCCGAAUGCUUACAGCGGUCACUCCUCGCCUUCCGCAGCCUUCGGAGACACAAAAACUGAAAACCCAGUGCUAAAAACAAUUAGCAUAGCAAAGGCAGGAAGGUGCUCUAUGGAUAGAUGUUAAAAAAAAGUGAAUUUUAAGUGAAUGGACAAAAGGUUAAAAGGCCAAGAGGACGACAAGUGGGCCACUUUGAGACAGGGCAGCAGGACACCUCCUCAGUGCCAGAGCAACACAGUAAAAAGACUUAGCAGAGAGAGCUACCAAAGGAUGCUAAUGAAAGGUGCUGUAUGGGGGCUCAAAAAUACAAAAAAAAUGGAAACUGAAAAUGAAAAAGCCUUUGUUAGAUCAUGGCUUUGAACCCUGAUCAUUUCCUGACGAAUGUCCAACCCUGGAGCCGCGCACGAAAGCGGACAUUCCUCGCUGGCUAACAGGAUGGCCAACGUGUAAAUGCUAAUCUGUUGUAUUUCUCCAUGUGAAUAUCAAUUCAUAGUACUGUAUUACAUUUGCCAGUAUUAUAUGAGCAGGAUUACAAAAAAAAAAGCUGCUGUCUGGUGACUGAUGUUCUGUGAAAGCUUGACUGUAACCAAUGCAGCAGAGUAAUGAUGGUAGGCUAACCGGCCAAUUAAUGCUAAGUCCAUAACACAUCAGGUGGUGUGAGUGCAGUAGAGAGCGAUGGGGCGUGUACGGCCCCCCCGAGAUGCCUGAAUGCAUUUCAUUUGUAGUACAAUAAACCAGAAAAAGAAGUAAAAGUUGAAUCGAC